CGUGGGUUAGUGUUUUGACAGCUUCAUGUGAUUACCGAUGAGCUCUGUGUCUUCCGUCACACAGGGCUGCGGCACUACCCGCGAUGCAUGUCCCCACCCUGCUGGUAGUCGCCUUCCUGGCCAUGUCUCGUGGUGAGGGGGGUCGAGAUGGCACGGGAUUUCAGUGUUGGACGACUAGACCAAAAACUAGUAUUUCGGUCACACAGUCAGACCCCUCAGUCUGCAAGUCGGCCAUUGCGUCAGCGACAACUGAUCGAGAAGAUGAUCUAUCCAAGGGGAGACAACUCGCUGUAACAAGAGCCAAAACACUAAAGUGGAAAGUAAGCGAAAAUGGUGAUCGUGUAUUUGCAGUCAGUGUUGAGAAAGAAAGCCGUUCAAAUUCAACGGAGUGUUACCUUGUGAAUUCGACAUCUUUGAAAAUUGGAAAGGGGAAAACAAAACCUAUUCGGUGCAAGUGUGACCACUUUUUCAAAGAUCCCAAAGGACUAAUAACCGUUGUGCCCAUGAACAGUUUAGUUAACGCUGUCGGCGGGAUCAUGUCGCACAAACUGGCGCCUCCGCCCGAGCAAAAAGCGACGACACCGACCCCUGUCGGCUGCUACAACUGGCGUCCAAACAUCAUCACUCUCAUUCUUGUUAACCAAACUAUCAAAGUCACGUGGUCCCCACCGUUCAAAGAGGGUUCUCUUGAAAUCUACCUUUUCGACAUAGGAAAUGAACAUAAGAUAGUUACCAGACACAUCUUCAGGUCUUAUGAUAUAUAUGAACAUGAUAUCACAGACUAUACGUUCCGGGAUGUCAAGUAUGGAAACUACGAAGCUCGGAUCAAACCAAUCUGCUCAAACUGUCCGGAACGAGAGACUGGGGGAUGUCACGUGGACCCGAUUUCCAGUGACCCCAUCCAAGUGUUUCCCCCACGCACAGAAGAUCCUAUCGAAUACGCAGUAACGCGACCAAGCAUUGCGACCACUAUCCGGGACAAUAUGGCCGCGUUCUACUUCAUGGUUGCGGUGACGACGAUAGCAGUGAUCAGCGCUGUUGUCAUGGGUGUCAUGUGCCUCAAGAAAGAUUCCCUGCCUUGCGCCAACAGGCUUCGUAAAAAUACGAAACAGUCCAAGCCCAGCGUACCGUUUGGUGUAGUUUACACGCAGCUGGGUACAGCGGAGACUGGUACGGACGGUGGAACACCGCGCGUAGUGAUUCUUUAUGGCGUUGACCAUGACUUUCACAUCCAGGCAGUCAGGGCGUUUGCACGGCUGUUGAGGACGCUGUUGAACGCCGAGGUGGUCGUCGAGAGAGAACAGAGCAGACACGACCUCUGUAACAUCUCAGAUUGGGUUACGACGAAUCUAGAGCCGCCAACGGUCGUCAUUGUCGUCGCCUCUGAAGGCUUGUAUCAACUGUUCGGCCACCACAAUGGCCAGCAGGGCGUGUGUGUCAGCAAGCUGCAGUCUGAUAUGUUCGCCGACUACAGCUCAAAGGCGCUGGGAUACCUCAGGGAGAGGAACUUCACCACCACCAGAUCACAAAUGGUACUUCCGGUGUCUUUUGGCUACGAGCAUGGCAAUGACAGCCUGAACAAACUCAUGGACUCAUGUAGACUCUUAUUUAAAGGAGUAUAUUUCAAAAUUACAGAAACGACGGCGACGGGACAGAGACAUUUAUACAUGGAUGAGCUCCUGCAGUGUCUGGCCAGAAACCAGACAAUUCAUGUUCCCAAUUACAUGCCUGAAGCUCAAGAAUUCCUACAUUACGUCGAUGCUAUGAAUGACCAUAUUAGGACUUUCGGAAGCACGUGCUGGAAGUACGAUCCCAGUGUUAGGUCCGACGACCAGCAGACCAUCUACAGUCGGGCGUCAAGCACAGAAAAGUACACGGUAAUCGGGGAUGCCUUCAGCAUAGGCAGUGGCGUGUCGGGCACCAGUAAUGUGACGGUUAACUUCACCUGUAAGAACUGCCUUACGUCAAGCUGGUUGACGUUGCCUCAGAGCGCCGUAGGUUCUGUCAGUGACAGAGGAAUACGGUCAAGUCGUCAGUCUACAAUAUCGGAGUCGAGUUGUGUUUCUGAGCCGUUCUCCGAGUCACGUGACGAUGUGUUUUAUUCUGAAAGCGAAAUCGGUCCCGAGACACGUGGCGCGGUAUUCGACUCAGGAAUGGAGUCAUCUCCUUUGUCAGAAGCUUCAUUCAAUGAACCUGUACAUUCAGAGCAGACAGAAAUUGGGGGAAGAGAUUGCUGAAUAGGUUGUUUCCGAUAUCGCUGGGUACCGCGGUAUGUCAAAUAUGUUGCUCUUAUUGAUGAACACGCCUGGAUCAGUAAUAAUUCUUGGUUAUUAGAAUGUUUCUCGUAGAUGUGGUAUUGUGAAAAUCGUAACACUUAUAUCCCCCGAAAAGCACCAUGGAACCAUGCCAAACGAGGAGGGGGUGUUGGGGUAGCCUAGUGGUUAAUGCGUUCGCUCGUCACGUCGUAGGCCGGGUUCGAUUCACCACUUGGGUGCGAUGUGAGAAGCCCAUUUCUGGUGCCCCUGCCGUGAUUUGGUUGGAAUACAGCUAAAAGCGGCAUCA